AUGAAGUUAUCUCAAGUUGUCAUUUCUGCUGUCGCCUUCACCGGAUUAGUAAGUGCCGCUAACAGCUCCAACACCACAAGCAAGAACGCCGCUCAACCAAUUGCUGGUUUGAACAACGGUAAGGUUGCCGGUGCCGCUGGUGUCGCCCUAGCCGGUGCUCUGGCCUUUUUGAUUUAA